CACCAUUUCACGUGACCAGCUCCGCCGCCCGUUGUCGUUCAGGAAGCCGCUUAAUUGCGGCGCAUGCGCAGGGACUGCAGGCGAAUGUUCCGGAAAGGCUAAGUGAGUGGUGGCGCAGUUCUGGGGGAGAUCACAUUUCCUAGGCAGUUACUGAUCAGACUUAAGUGUAGUAACAAUGUUGGUGGCAAGAUUUGCCUGUCUGAAGAAUUUACCAGCAUUGAGCCUACGGCCUGCCCUCGCUCUGAAAAAUAUCACUUGGAGGAAUCAUAAUCUAAAGACUAGUCAGUGGCUUUUGCUACCCAAACAGAAUUAUGCCACCAAGUCACGUGUUGCUGUACGGCGAGCAAAAACAAUGCGAGAGAAGAUGAAGGAAGCAAUGUUCAGCCCAUCACUGGAGACUGCAGCCAAAUUUGAUAACACUGGAAGAUUGUUCAUUGCUGGAGGAGCAGCUCUUGGUAUCGGGGCACUUUGUUACUAUGGACUGGGAAUGUCCAAUGAGAUUGGAGCUAUUGAAAAAGCUAUCAUCUGGCCACAGUAUGUAAAAGAGAGGAUUCAUUCCACAUACAUGUAUUUUUCGGGAAGUGUGGGGUUAACAGCACUCUCAGCUGUGGCAAUCAGUAGGUCACCAGCGAUCAUGAAUCUGAUGAUGAGGAGUUCAUUUUUGGCAAUAGGAGCAACUUUUGCAGCAAUGAUCGGAGCAGGAAUGUUGGUGAGAUCUCUACCUUAUGAGAAAGGACUGAAUGCUAAGCACCUAGCCUGGAUGUUACAUGCCGGAGUGAUGGGAGCAGUGGUUGCUCCUGUGACCCUUCUUGGUGGACCUCUACUGAUCAGAGCAGCCUGGUACACAGCAGGUAUUGUGGGAGGUCUCUCCACUGUUGCUAUGUGUGCCCCAAGUGAGAAGUUCCUGAACAUGGGUGGACCAUUGGCUGUUGGACUGGGUUUGGUUUUUGCUUCCUCUUUAGGCUCCAUGUUCCUGCCUCCCACCUCUGUAUUUGGUGCUGGUUUAUAUUCUGUAGCUGUCUAUGGAGGGCUAGUGCUUUUUGGAAUGUUCCUGCUGUACGAUACCCAGAAGGUGAUCAAACGAGCAGAGAUGUACCCAGCUUAUGGUGUUCAGAAAUUUGAUCCCAUCAAUGCAUGCAUGGGGAUUUACAUGGAUACGUUAAACAUCUUCAUUCGAGUAGCGACUAUACUGUCAAGUAGUGGCGCAAACAGAAGGAAGUAAUGGGAAAGAAAUUGGAUGACUUCCUGUGAAAUGUACUUGUUGUCCCAUCACCAUUGGAAUAAACCUAAUCUCUGCUGAGACAUCUAUUGUUUGUGGGGCAUUAGGUUGACUUAGAACAGCUUUGCAUCUCCUUUGUUUUCUUCAGCAAGUAAAAUUGAAGUUAUACUGGGAAUAUAAGGUGUGUCAAAUUAAAUUACCUUGUGCAAUAGUUUAUUAAUAUCUGUAUAUUACAGCAAUUUAAAAUAUUCAGUGACUCUUCCAUUGUAAUAAAGUCUUGUUAACAUCA